GUCCUAAAUGGCGGUUACGACCCUGAGAGUUUGGACAAUGUGGCUCAUGUGAAAUCCGACACGAAGAGGCACAAAACUGACAGAUUUAACGGUAACACGGAAAGCAACAAGGAAGUACGUAUAUCAUUCCAAUUUAUGUCUUCUUGUUAUAAGAAUAUCAUUGAACCAUUUUCAGUUAUAUAAUUGUGUAUCAUGAAAAAUGUCCAUUGGUCAAUUAAAACAGGGAAGGAAAGACUAAAAUUCAGAAUUGUUGACUCGCCUUUCGAUACUAAAUGCUAUCCUUCACUUACUAAUAAGGUCUAUCCGUAAUCUUCAAGAAUCUUUAUAGAAGCUAUUCUCACUGCAUGUAUAACUUGCCCAUAACGCGGGAAAUAUAAAACUACUCGAAUUCUCUCAUGUCAGCCGAGCCUGCGCGCUAGUGGCAUGAUACAUCCCGGCCCCCGUUGAGAAUUGUACGGUUUUACCCUUCCUUGGCCAAUUCAACGGGGUUCAAAGGAAGUGACUUAGAAGUUUUGCCCCUCCUACCUCCCCUGGUGGCGUUUUACGUCGAACACUUUAAAAAAUCGGAAUGCCUAUUGUCCUGUCAGUCGCGGUUUCCUCCCAUAACUCAUUUCCCCGUGAUAGGGGUACAGAUUACGUCAUUGUGUCAAUCAAGCUAUGCCAAGAUGUUGAAAAUGAUGAGUACAUUAUUCUCUGUAACUUUGGUGGGCAUAUUACACGCAGUUUUGGAGUUAUAGAGGUGAGCCUCUGGCACCCUUCCCCUCCCCCUCCCCCUCCCCGGUCCCAGGAAGCCAAAAAAAAAAAAUAAAGAAAAAAAACAGCCCCGUCUGGUUGUAUGACAACAAAGUUGGAAGAAAUAGUUGCCUUCCUUUCCUCUCUCUCCUUGGCACAGGAAACCCACUCUCCUCUUCAGGGAAAAAGGAAAUGGUCCUCUAACACCCGAUCACGAAACGGCGAACACCAUGUCGAGGGUGUGGAAAGAGAAGAGCACAAAGAUCAUCAUCCGAAAAAGUCUCAAAAAUGUGACUUCAGCCAGGUUUGAUGUUUUGUCCAUUAAUAUUGUUACUGCACUUUUUCUCCUUACAAAGUGAUUCUUUCAGUAAUUUCUAUUGGGCGCUGAAAACUCAUUUCAAGUGAGAUGACCACCAUUUGCAUGGUAAACCGAAGGCUAGAGAAAUGGUGGGGGGUGAGUUGGGGUAGUUAUUGGUUACUCUUCUCAAAGGUUUGGUGUUGGUCUUCAAUUGGCAUGGGGUGCAAGGGCGGAUCCAGAUAUUUCAGAGAGGGGAGGGGCACUUGACAGCUUAAGAUAAUACAAGUUUCACAGAGAAAAGGGGUAGCCGCGGUCCCCUCGGCCGACCCCUAAAUCCUUCCCUGGGACGUAACUUUAGUGGCGAGAGUUUGGGGAGGGGUAAUUAAUUCAAGUUUCUGAAACUUCGACUGGAACUAGGUAAAGCCACAAGAAACUCGCUGUAACUCGUAACUUGUACCUUGGAAUGGGCAUAAGUAAGUAUCUAUAAUUAAUUAAACAAUUAACUAUUCCAAUCUCACAGCAAAACAUGGACAUUUUUUCUACCUAAAUACUGGUUAUUGCUCGCUUUAUACUCUUUUUAAACAGGAAAUUCGCGCACAAUUUGCGCUUCCUGAGAGGUCAUGGCAGUUUGAUUCUCACACUCAAAACAGUGAAUACCAACACAAGACCCCGGACCAAAGAGAGCAUGCACAAAGGAAAGAACACUUGAUAAAGCAAGAAAAGAUGGACCAAUUUGAGUACACUUCAGAGGGGGUAUAUGUUCACCUGUACUUGCAAUAUCCUCACAGUUUCGUUUUUGUGUUAAGAUGAAGGAGAUUUCUGAUUAGGAAGUUCUUUGCUUGGGAUAGCUCAGCCUCUCUAUAACCAAGUAAGCUAGUAAUAACCAAAGGGUACCGAGUGCGGGCGACAACGAUCGAAGAUCAAAACGCUUUUGCUCCAUCGCUGUGCUUUGCCUACGUUUCACGUGAGAGAUAGUCAAAACACUCGUGUACAGAUUACGAGUGAUCUUAGAAAGUCCAAACGCGCGUGUGAUAAAAUUGCGCUCUGUGCAUUCCAUUCAUUGUUAGUGGAAGUCCAAACGAAUGCUGGCUAUAUACAUGCGGUGCAUGCGUAAUAGCAACCUUGAGAUUAGGAUUGUGGGCUCCUCUUGUCGCCCGCAAUAAAGUUUACCCCGAUACUAAAGUGUUACUUUAUCUAUAAAUCUGUAAAAAUUGGUAACAAAUCCGCUUGACUUGGACUCAUUCCUCGGGUAAAUCGAUAAAUUAAACAGAACGUAACUAAAUAAAAAUGAAAAUAUAAUUAUCUGAACAGCAUUGCUUAUAGACUGUUCACAAUCCCUUGUUUUUCCGUAAGAUCCUCGAGAUCGGCCGAUUUGCGUUACCGGCGACCAUCUUGGAUGAGUGUCAGAUCUUUUCAGGGGGUGGGGGACGGGUUCCCUCUACCCACCGCUAUAAAUCCCGACGCCUGCCCCCUCGGUACAUAAGAAACCAAGAUGGCCGCAAAAUAUAGGGGACUGUGAACAUUACAUUACAUUGCCUCUUAGUGACUCGGUGACUAAUUAUUAUUUCUCAAAUACCCAGAAAGGGUGGCGUUGUUGACAUAAUGUGGGUCAGUUUGGCCUGAGACUGCCAGGGUUAUAUCGAAUUUCCUAUGGAGCUGUUUUGGGGAUAGUGUGGCUUUAUUCACCGGCUAUUUAAAAUUUGCGCGGGAGAGAGGAUCAAAAUUUGUCCCGCAAACAAUCCCACAGUUCAAUUCGAUACGACAUGGACCGAAAUUGCUUGUCACUAGCUGGUCGAAAUUUGAUUCAUAAAUAUUCGCAAUUAAAAGACAGAUGUUUGCUAUUAUACAAUGACUGUCCUACUUUGCGUUUUCCCUGUACAGACUCAGAAAUAUGCGAAAGUCAGCCUGCAAGAGCGGCUGACUCAGGUAUCUUCAAAAGACACCCACCAUUUUAAGGACGAGCGCCAGGGUAUCAAGGAAAUGAGAAAUAGACACAGGCUGGAUCAUCGGAGAGAAGAGAAUGGCUUGUAUGAAAGUAAACCAGCCGCAAUUGUCGAGCCAAUGGAAGGGAAUGGACUAAUGAACCAACUGCAAAAGGUAAGUUAUUAAUAGUAUCUAGAACUGAGUACCAUGACAUGGUAUAGGAGGUCGAGGUUAUACCCCCUCCCAUCCCUCCUUCACCUCCCGCUCCUUGGGUUUUGCUGCGUUCAAGCAGCUUGUGAUGUUCUCCACAUAGGUACUAGCUUGUGCUUGUCUUAGAGGGCCAGACACACUUUAAUUACAAAUCCAUUAUUUAGGUACUACUUCAUCAUAGUAGUAACAGCUCCUUCCGGUGAUUUAACUGCAGCGUUGUACAAUAUAACACAAUAUACGUCCUCACAUUUUCAAGUCUGUAGAGAGUCAAAUAUUAAACACUUAAUGACUGGUCCCGAAGGAAACAAAGUUAACUUUUUCCGGAAGGACUAGUCCUUAAGUGAUUUGUUAUAGCUGGGAAUUUUGAAGCUGGAAAUUCAUUAAACCUCGCUGUAACGACGGUCGUAGGUCAACAUUCGCAGGUAUUGAAGAGUGCACUGUUACCGUCAUAGAUUUUGCAAAGUUGCCCGCUCAGAGAUUUUGGCAGGAAACACUUUUAUUGUUAGAUGUCAUGUGACCUCGAAGUAACCAAUAAGAGCGAACGCUGUCAAGAAAAAAUUUCGAGCUAUAUAGCAAUAUGGCUUAUGAUUAGAAAGACUCUCGAUUAGUGAACUACAUCAGGAGCACGCACCCAACGUCCGAAUGUUUCCAAAUGCGUCUUAAGUGCCCCAAAUCGUUUACAAUAUGCUCCAGAAACCUAUUUGGUUAAUUUGGGGGCUGCCCUAAAUAUUAUUUAUCUGUUCGGAUGUCUCAAGGGUACUAUGGACGUCUAUACAUUUUUAGUUGGUUUUCGACUCAUCCGAAACUUUUACCCUGACAUGAUGGGAUAUGAUAUGGGUCCCGGGUUCGAGAACAUGGAGUAGCCGUACUUUAGUUUCAUUAGAAGAUUCUAGGGGGCGUUUGUCUUAAUUUUUUAACUUUUCAGGAGACCCUUUUUUUACAAUAAUCGCAAUAUCUUGGUAACAAAAGGUAAAAAAAGGAUCUUCGAAAAUCUUACACUAGGUAAUUUAGUUGAAAAACUACGAAUAUCUUAGACAAAUGGAAGUGUUCUACAGACAUUUUUAGCUUUUCUCGAGCUAUCUUCCAGGCAAUAUAUAUUUGCUCGUUCGAACAAAGUCGUUUUGGUGCCCCUGAGUACAUAUUCAACUUUUUCUUUUUUUUUUUGUUAGAAUGGAUCAUCAACCUUUGAAGGAAAUAACCACACAGGGACGAAACACCGCCACUUGCCGCGCUGCAAGGAAGAAAGCCAGCCCUGGGGUAAAGGUUCUUACUCAGAUCUCAUUACAAUGGCCCUCUCGUCGGCCCCAGAAAGGAAAAUGACGCUGGAUGAGAUUUAUCGCUGGAUUACUCACAAUGUUCCAUAUUUCAGAGAAAAAGGAGGCGAGCUGACUUCAAGUGGAUGGAAGGUAUAUAACUGUUUCGAUUAUGCAAGACAGGCAUUUUUAAUGAUACUUCGAUAG